GGAAGGGAAUAAAUACAAGAUGGCUGCUCCUAUAAAAUCAGGCGUUGGGCUUCUCCCCAGCGAUGGGCGAAUAGAAGCUUUAAGCCGUGCUUUGAGGACGCUCCACUGCCACCACCCACGCUGCCGCCACUCCCGGGGGCUAGUGGGACUCCGCCGGCAGUCAACGCGCUCAGCCGCUCCCCAUCGUUAUCGGCUGGGGCCGAGGUCGGAGUGUGGAGCCUGAGAGGCCUAGGCCAGGCCCCUGUAUCCUCCUUCCUGGGAGAGCAACGGCGGCCCCCGCCUGCCACCCGCUGCUCUCAUCAAACCCGGCCCAGGUUCCCUCUGGCUAUGGCGGUCUCCAGGCUUGAUCGUCUCUUCAUUUUACUGGACACUGGUACCACACCGGUAACAAGAAAAGCAGCUGCACAGCAACUUGGGGAGGUGGUGAAACUUCAUCCCCAUGAACUGAAUAAUCUCUUAUCUAAAGUGUUAAUAUACUUAAGGAGUACAAAUUGGGAUACUCGCAUUGCAGCUGGCCAGGCUGUUGAAGCAAUAGUGAAAAAUGUACCAGAGUGGAAGCCAACUCCAAGACCAAAACAAGAAUCUGAUUCAGAAAGUCCUAUGGACGAUUCAUGUGCCAGUGAUCGACUCCGUUUUGAUAGAUUCGAUAUCUGUCGACUGUUAAAACAUGGAGCAUCUCUUCUUGGAUCUGCUGGUGCAGAGUUUGAGGUCCAAGAUGACAAAUCAGGUGAAGUUGAUCCUAAAGAGAGGAUAGCACGACAAAGGAAACUGUUACAAAAGAAACUUGGCCUUGAUAUGGGAGCUGCAAUUGGAAUGAACACUGAAGACCUGUUCAAUGAUGAGGAUUUGGACUAUACUCCUACUUCAGCUUCACUUGUAAACAAACAACCUACUCUUCAGGCUGCUGAGUUGAUUGAUUCAGAAUUUCGAGCUGGUAUGAGCAGUAGACAAAAGAAUAAAGCUAAACGGAUGGCUAAGCUAUUUGCAAAGCAAAGAUCCAGGGAUGCAGUAGAGACUAAUGAGAAAAGCAAUGAUAGCACUGAUGGGGAACCAGAAGAAAAGCGGAGAAAAAUAGCAAAUGUUGUCAUCAACCAGCCUGCCACUGACUCAAAAGUUUUGGUAGACAAUGCACCAGAAGAGGCAAACGAAUGGCCUUUAGAAAGCUUUUGUGAAGAAGUAUGCAAUGAUCUUUUUAACCCAUCCUGGGAGGUUCGGCAUGGUGCAGGCACUGCACUGAGGGAAAUACUUAAAGCACAUGGGAAAAGUGGUGGCAAAAUGGGAGACAGUACUCUAGAAGAGAUGGCUCAGCAGCAUCAGGAAUGGCUGGAAGACUUAGUUAUUAGACUCCUUUGUGUGUUUGCAUUAGACAGAUUUGGAGACUUUGUUUCAGAUGAAGUUGUAGCACCAGUACGUGAGACUUGUGCUCAAACUUUGGGAGUAGUAUUGAAACAUAUGAAUGAGACUGGAGUUCAUAAAACUGUGGAUAUUCUCCUGAAGUUGCUCGCACAAGAUCAAUGGGAAGUGAGACAUGGCGGUCUGCUAGGAAUAAAGUAUGCUUUGGCAAUUCGUCAGGAUACGAUUAAUACUUUAUUGCCUAAAGUCUUGCCUGCAAUAAUUGAAGGUCUCCAAGAUCUGGAUGACGAUGUCAGAGCUGUUGCUGCAGCAUCUUUAGUACCAGUAGUGGAAAGCCUUGUUCAUCUUCAGUCACAGAAGGUACCCUUUAUUCUUAAUACACUGUGGGACGCUCUUCUGGAAUUGGAUGAUCUGACAGCUUCUACAAACAGCAUCAUGAUCCUUCUUUCUUCCCUUCUAACUUAUCCUCAGGUCCAAAAAUGCAGCAUCCAGCAAUCACUCACCAUUUUGGUCCCACGUGUAUGGCCAUUCUUGCAUCAUACUAUAUCAUCUGUUCGAAAAGCAGCAUUGGAAACUUUAUUUACACUGUUAUCUACCCAAGACCAGAGUUCUUCAGCCUGGCUAACUCCGAUUCUGCAAGAUAUGUUGAGGCACAUUUUUCAGUUUUGUAUUUUAGAAAGCAGCCAAGAUAUUCUGGAUCUUAUUCACAAGGUGUGGCUGGAACUAUUAAACAAAGCAUCAGUACAAUAUGUGGUAGCAGCAGCUUGUCCAUGGAUGGGAGCCUGGCUCUGCUUAAUGAUGCAGCCUUCUCACUUGCCUAUUGAUUUAAAUAUGUUGCUAGAAGUAAAAGCCAGAUCAAAGGAAAAAGCAGGUGGCAAGCUGCGUCAAGGUCAAACCCAGAACAAAGAAGUGAUACAGGAGUAUAUUGCUGGUGCAGACAGCAUUACAGAAGAUCUGGCAACCAGGGAUUAUGUUGUUAUGCGAGCCCGGGUGAUGGCAGCAAAGUUGUUAGGAGCACUUUGCUGCUGUAUUUGUGAUCCAAGUGUAAAUACCGUUCCUCAAGAAAUAAAACCAGCUGAAUCACUAGCUCAGCUACUGCUUUUCCAUUUGAAUUCGAAAUCUGCCUUGCAGAGGAUUAGUGUUGCAUUAGUAAUCUGUGAGUGGGCUGCCUUGCAAAAGGACUGUAAAGCUGUAGCCCUUUCUGUGCAGCCACGCUUACUUGGAGUCCUUUCUGAGCACCUCUAUUAUGAUGAAAUUGCUGUUCCUUUUACACGAAUGCAGAAUGAAUGUAAACAACUCAUUUCAUCACUAGCUGAUGCACACAUCGACAUUGGGAACAGAGUAAACUACAGUGUAUUUACAAUAGAUCAAGCUAAUGAACUGGUUACUACUGUUUUCAAUGAAGUUAUCAGCUUUAAUUUAAAUCCUAAUAUUUUACAACAAUUGGACAGUAAACGACAACAAGUCCAAAUGACUGUUACGGACAACCAGGAAUGGCAAGUGUUACAGCUGCGAGUCCAUACUUUUGCUGCAUGUGCUGUUGUGAGCUUACAGCAACUUCCAGAAAAACUAAAUCCUGUCAUAAAACCUUUAAUGGAAACUGUAAAAGAAGAGAAUACACUGGUACAAAACUAUGCAGCUUUGUGCGUAGCUAAGUUACUUCAACAGUGUACAUCAAGAUCUCCAUGCCCCAACUCGAAGAAUAAAAAUCUCUGCAACUCUCUCUGUGGACCACAUCUUACUCCCUUAGCAGCAUGUCCUGCGCAACCUCAAAGCAGCCAUGAAAACUCUAAAGGACCCAACUCUGAGAGAGAUGGGAUGCACCAUACUGUCACCAAGCACAGAGGAUAAUUACACUGUAUAGGACAUCAAAAAGCUGCUUUUGCCAUCACAAGUAGGCGAGGUUCCUACACCAAGGCAAAAGCCCAAAUUCCAGACCUUCCCACAGGCAGUAGUGGAAACCUUGCCACAGAAAUUCUUAGGCUCAGAAGGCCAUAUAUUGUACAGAGGAGAGGAGCUGAAUUUGCCUUAUCUACUAUAGCUAAACAUUUUGGUGCUGAAAUGGUAAUAGGAUUGCCACAUCUCUGGGAUGCUAUGGUUGGUCCACUAAGAAAUAAUAUUAACGUAAACAGUUUUGAUCGGAAAUCCUUAUUGGAAAAGGGAGAUGUGUCUGCUCAGGAGUUGGUCAAUUCUCUACAGGUGUUUGAAACAACAGCAGCAUCAAUGGACAUUCAGCUUCACCCUUUGUUGAUACAGCAUUUGCCUCAUCUUUAUGUGUGCCUUCAGCAUCCAAGCACUGCAGUGAGACACAUGGUUGCUCGUUGCGUAGGUGUUAUGAGCAAAAUAGCUACCAUGGAUACAAUGAAUAUUUUGUUAGAGAAGGUUAUUCCAUGGCUGGGAGCAAUAGAUGACAAUACCAAACAAGAAGGCGCAAUUGAAGUGCUUGCUUCUGUAAUGGAACAGCUAGAUGUUGGUAUUGUUCCAUAUGUCCUUCUAGUGGUCCCAGUUUUGGGUCGAAUGAGUGAUAAGACGGACAGUGUACGUUUCAUGGCUACUCAGUUUGCAACAUUAAUUAGAUUAAUGCCCCUUGAGGCUGGCAUUCCAGAUCCAAACAUGUCUGAAGAAUUAAUCCAACUGAAAGCCAAAGAGCGCCAUUUUCUGGAGCAAUUAUUGGAUGGAAAAAAAUUGGAAAACUAUAAAAUUCCGGUCCCAAUCAAAGCAGAGCUCAGAAAAUAUCAGCAGGAUGGUGUGAAUUGGCUGGCAUUUCUCAAUAAGUACAAACUUCAUGGAAUUCUUUGUGAUGAUAUGGGUUUAGGAAAAACACUGCAGUCCAUUUGUAUUCUUGCAGGAGAUCAUUGCCUCAGGGCGCAAGAAUAUGCAAGAACUAAAUUAGUAGACAGUGUUCCUCUUCCAUCCUUGGUGGUUUGUCCUCCAACACUUACAGGUCAUUGGGUGGAUGAAGUGAGUAAAUUUUGCUCCAAAGAGUAUCUUAAUCCUUUGCACUAUACUGGACCUCCCACUGAAAGAGCAAGAUUACAACACCAGGUGAAAAAGCACAAUCUCAUAGUAGCUUCAUAUGAUGUUGUGCGAAAUGACAUUGACUUCUUCAGAAAUAUUAAGUUUAACUACUGUAUUCUUGAUGAAGGCCAUGUAAUCAAAAAUGGAAAAACAAAAUUGUCAAAAGCAGUAAAGCAGUUGACUGCCAAUUAUAGGAUCAUUCUUUCUGGGACACCAAUCCAGAAUAACGUUUUAGAGUUGUGGUCACUGUUUGACUUCCUUAUGCCAGGAUUUUUGGGUACUGAACGCCAGUUUGCAGCUCGUUAUGGCAAACCAAUUUUAGCAAGUAGAGAUGCUCGGAGUUCCAGUCGAGAACAAGAGGCAGGAGUUCUUGCAAUGGAAGCACUGCACCGUCAAGUAUUGCCAUUUCUGUUGAGAAGAAUGAAAGAGGAUGUACUACAGGAUCUUCCACCCAAAAUUAUUCAAGAUUAUUACUGUACUCUCAGUCCUCUACAGGUUCAGCUUUAUGAAGAUUUUGCCAAGUCUCGUGCCAAAUGUGAUGUUGAUGAAACUGUUUCAUCUGCUUCACUGAAUGAGGAGACUGAAAGGCCAAAGCUUAAAGCUACAGGACAUGUGUUUCAGGCAUUGCAAUAUUUACGAAAACUAUGUAACCAUCCAGCAUUAGUGUUAACAACCCAGCAUCCAGAAUACAAGAGAACCACAGAGCAGCUUGCAGCUCAUAACUCAUCCCUUCGAGAUAUCCAGCAUGCACCUAAACUGUCUGCUUUAAAACAACUACUACUAGACUGUGGUUUGGGAAAUGGUGGCUCUUCAGAGAGUGGCACAGAAGCUGUUGUGGCUCAGCACAGGAUACUUAUCUUCUGUCAGCUCAAGAGCAUGCUGGAUAUAGUAGAACAUGACCUUCUCAAACCUCACUUGCCCUCUGUUACAUAUUUGCGAUUAGAUGGCAGCAUACCUGCUGGUCAAAGGCAUUCCAUUGUUUCACGGUUUAAUAAUGACCCAUCCAUAGAUGUUCUUUUGCUCACCACACAUGUUGGUGGACUGGGACUUAACUUAACAGGAGCUGACACAGUAGUAUUUGUGGAACAUGACUGGAACCCAAUGAGAGACCUGCAAGCAAUGGAUCGAGCGCAUCGUAUUGGACAGAAACGUGUUGUCAAUGUGUAUCGCUUGAUAACGAGAGGAACUCUGGAAGAGAAAAUUAUGGGUCUGCAGAAAUUCAAAAUGAAUAUUGCAAAUACAGUGAUUAGCCAAGAGAAUGCAAGCCUACAAAGCAUGGGAACAGAUCAGCUUCUUGACCUAUUCACUCUUGACAAGGAUGGGAAAAGUGAAAAAGCAGAUACUUCUUCUGGGAAAGCCUCUAUGAAAGCAGUUCUUGAAAAUCUGGGAGAACUUUGGGAUCCAGAACAGUAUGAUUCUGAAUACAGUCUAGAAAACUUUAUGCAUUCACUCAAGUAACCAUCUUAUAUUCUUGAUUCAAUUGCUGCUAGUUCACAUAUUUUUCUGCUGAUAUUCAGCAAAUUUCAAAGCAUAUAUAGUGAACCUAUAGCUCAUAUGUAAAUAGACUUCUUGAAAGAAGAAUCGGCAAAAGACUGACACUGAAUAGUGUCAUAUGUUUCACUGGGGGAGUUAUUCUGUCUUAAAUAUUUGCACUGUAUAAAACUUUAAAUGUAAACAUAUUGUGAGGUGGUUUGAAUUUUACUUGCUAAACAGAUGCAAAUUCUUAUUUGGUAGAGGAAUAAAACCCAGCAAGUUUUACAUAUGCUAGUAAGUGUUACUUCCUUUUGAAACAAGUCCACCGUUGUUCCUUGCUGUAUCUAUAGUUUUGUACAGAUACGUUUCAGUGAGUACUUCAGGUUGUUCAUGUACAUUUUUUUUAUUUUAAACAUAACUCGCUUUUAUGAUUUAUUAAAAACUAAGCUUUUUUUUUUUCAGCUUAACAAGUUAUAAUGAUCUUUCAUUCAGAUCAUUUCAAGAUGUACAUCACCAAUGGCAAACCCUAGAAGCUAGAAAGAGUGGUGGGAAACUAAAUGAAACUAGGUUUGUGUGCCCAUCUCUGUAUAUUGACUAUAAAUAUAUAAUGCUCUUCAAUCUUUUGACAUCACUUUUAGAGCAGUUGAUUUCAACUUUUUAAUCUAAUGUGUUAUACUAAAUACAGGUAUAUGGUCUGUUUAAGGCCAUCUAUGCAUCCCAUUAAGAGGGUGUGCUUUUUUUAAUUUAUCUAUAAGGCUAGAAUAUAGCCACAUUCAGAGACCUAUGUAUUCAGUAGGUUUCAAUCCUAUAUAUUUUUUGUAACUAAAAGAACAAAUAUACAAACAGAACUUUUCCAGAAAUAGAUUUUGCACUGUUUAGAAUUCUAAAAUCCAUGCUGAAGAGACUAUUUACUGUACUAGUGCAUGAAUUAAAACCUCUUAAACAGAAGAUGGGAAAAUAUUUUCUUUAGGGAUAUAGAUAUACAUACAUAUCAUCAUAGAAAUACCUCCUCUCAAUCUGAGGGAAUGGAGCAUUAGAGUUAAAAUCAUGUAACAAAGAUUCUAAAGCAGGGGUGGGCAAACUUCAGCCCAGGGGCCGCAUCCGGCACUUCAGAUGUUUUAAUCUGGCCCUCGAGCUCUCACUGGGGAGUGGAGUCCAGGGCUUGCCCCGCUCCAUGCAUGCCGUGGCUCCGCAUGGCUCCCGGAAGCAGCAGCAUGUCCCUCCACCGGCUCCUACGCAUAGGGAUAGCCAGGCGGUUCCACAUGCUGACCCCGCAGCCCCCAGUGGCCAGGAACCGUGGCCAAUGGGAGCUGCAGGGGCGGCGCCUGUGGACUGGGCAGCGCGCAGAGGCACCUGGCCAUGCCUCCGUGUAGGAGCCAGAGGGAGGACAUGCUGUUGCUUCCAGGAGCUGCUUGAGGUAAGCGCCAUGCAGAGUCUGCGCCCCUGACCCCUUCAACUCUCCGUCCCAGCCCAGAGCACCUUUCUGCACCCCCAAUCCCUCAUCCCUAGCCCCACCCCAGAGCUUGCACCCCCAGCCCGGAGCUUCCUCCCACGCCCUGAACUCCUCAUUUCUGGUUCCACCCCAGAACCAGCACCCCCAGCCAGAGCCCUCACCCCCUCCAACACCCCAACCCGCAAUUUCAUGAGCAUUCAUGGCCCACCAUACAAUUUCCAUACCCAGAUGUGGCUCUUUGGCCAAAAAGUUUGCCCACCCCUGUUCUAAAGGGCUUUAAUAGCUGGGAGUGAGUAUACAGUAGCUGUAUAUUAAGCAGCUUUUUAUAAAAGGGAGUCAAUAGUAAAGGUGGUAUGUAUGUUUAUAGAUGUGCAUGUAUGUACCAGUAUGUACACAAUUUUAUAAAUAUAUUAAAUUAUAGAUAAAUUUACAAAGCUGUCUGAAUGAAUACAUAUAUAGGAUAUAUGUAUAGGUAUCAAAAUUAUCUACAGUUUGUAGCUUGUUGUGCACUUAAGCGUCAGAUUAAAAACCACCAGAGACCUCAAAUAUGUAAAAUAACAGAUUGCUUUGUUAACCCCCCCGCCCCCCCAAAUAAAAUAAAAAAAACCCGUUUAUCCUAUAAAGCAAGACUGUUCUGCUGCAUUUGGAAAUGAAUAUGACCUAUUUCAGUAGUUACAAACUGCCAUAUUGUAAUAUUAAACUAGCAUUCCAUUAAAA